AUGGCGCCUUUCGUGUCGACUGCGGCCGCACUGCUAGCGCUACUCGUGCUGUUGUGCAGCAUUGUGAUGGCCGCUACGCAGGUUGCUGGAACAGAGCGUCCCCCCCCCACGUAUGGCCCUGCUGCUGUUGCGGCGGGCGGAGCAACACCCGUGCGCCCCGGUUUGGAUCAACUUGGGCAAAAGGUGAAGGUUGACGUCUUCCUCGGCCUCGGUUGCGAGAAGAGCGCCAGGGCCUGGCCGGUACUCAAGAGGGCCGCUAGCGACCAGCGGAACAGCGUGGACUUCGUGUUCCACAUCCUGCCACUGUCCGACGACCCGAUCGUCUACUCUGCCGCAAAGGCGGCGCAAGUUCUCCUGGCCUACGCCGGCGAAACGUCUGACGGCGUUGAGGGCUUCGUGGACCUGAUUUUCCUCGGGCAGGAGGCCAUCCAUGGCGACCAACAAGGCAUGGACCUCACCGUCGAUGAGGCGCGAGACAUAAUUGGCGACUGGCCUCUGUCCUUCUCGAGCAUUCCCGCAGACGUCUUCCACAGCGCCAUGCGGGACCCGUUGUUUGACCCGAUCGUACUCGGAGACCUCGGGAACAUUUUCACGGCCGCUGUGUCCGGCACCCCGUCCGUCGUCCUCAACGGCAACUUCAUCAUGCUGCUGUGCGGGGACAGGGGGCUAAGGGACUUCCAGAUGUUCCUCGAGCACUUCCAGAUCGAGGACAGCGGCAGCGGCAUCCGCGGCGGCGGCGGCGGCUCAGCCGUUUUCGGUUUGGACGACAAGUGGGGCAGCGCGUGGCCGAUGUGGCAGAAGAUGGAUCAGGAGAUUGGGGACGCCUACCAGGACAUGCUGGCGGAGCAGCAGCAGCAGCAGGAAAAGCUGCGAGAGAAGGAGGAGGCGGGGGAAGGAUGCGGAACUGUCCGGGAGGGGCUCCGAUCCCCUACGUCUUCACGCCCUUCUCCUCCUUGGCUGUCGAGCAGUUUCGAGUAUUUUGCCUCCUCGUGGUCAACGUCCCACGAACCCAUCCCCCCUGCCGUCACGAAAGAUCAAGCCGGGGGCGCGGGGACCGGGGAUGGGGGAUGGGACGUCGAAGCAACAACAAGUUCGUCCUCCGCGUCGGCGGGUCAUGCCGACGUCCCACCGUCAAAAUCACUGUCGCCGUGGUCGUCCGUGUCUGAGUCUUGGUCGUCAUACGAGGCUUCUCUCUUCGAGGCCCUGGAUGAGCGCGCCGCGCUCUCGGAGGAAGCGGCGGCGGCAGCGGCGGCGGCCUGGCGAGCCACGGGAGGAGGAAGCAGGCUCGAGGAGGAGGAGGGGGAGGAGGAGGAGGAACAGGGACGGAGCUUCAGGGGUGAAGAGUCGAGCGUCUUCACCGGUUCCCAUGACGCAGGCAGCGAAGGCGGUGGCGGCGGUGGCGGCGACGGUUCUCCCCCCGAAUAUGUUUUCGCGUGGUUCGAGGCGGAAGAAAGGUUGGGUGCUGGCACUGAGGGCCCUGGGAGCGGGGGUGCCGGAGGGAUACGUGAGGACGUCGUCACCGAAGGUUCGGUGUCCAAAGCGGAGGUGGAAGACGCGGCGGCGGCGGCGGCGGCGGUGAUGGAGGCCGAUGCGGGAAUCUCGGGAGAGGACCCCGUGGCAUUUUUUUCCAGCGAUGCAUGGAUUUUGGACCAAUCUGAAGCAGUGGAGAGGGAAAAUAAGUUCGAGACUCGGGUUGAGGAGACGGGGUUCGGUGCUCAAGAGGCCAUCGAGACCCGCGAACUGCGGCAGUGA